GUGCAAACUGCAGCUGUUGCCCUGGAGACAGGCCCGUGAUCCCGGUGGAGCUACGGAGAAGGGCUCGGGGCUGGAGGGCGAAAACGGAGGAAAUACAAACCCCCCCGGUACCGGCGAUCAUAACGGGGGAACGUGAGGUCCUUGGCGAACAGGACCGAUGAGCUAGGCGCGCUGGUUAUGACCGAGAGGAUCUUCCGUGAGUGCAGCCUCUCGUGUUUCACGGAGACUUGGCUGCACGCGGAUUUCCCGGACCAUCAGCGCGCCUGUGCCCGGCUUCAGGACGGUUCGAGCGGACAGAGACGCUGUACUGAGCCGUGAGAGGAGAGGGGGCGGGGCUUCAGUGCAUGGUGCAAUCCCGACCGUGCGUGUGCGUGUGUGUGAAGGAGCGUUUCUGUAGCCCGAACAUUGAACUGUUAGACACCCACAACAAUAUGUAGACUGCCCCACAAGGAACAAUACAACUCUGGACACCCCCCCUCGGCAGGUCCGAUCACGACCUGGUCCUGCUGACACCCAAGUAUGUUCCUCUGGUGAAGAGGCUGCCUGAGACCACCACGACUGUGAGGAGGUGGUCUCUGGAGGCUGAUGACGCCCUGCGGGACUGCUUCGAGUCAACGGGCCGGGAUGUGCUGUGUGGACCACAUGGGGUGGACGUCAACGGCAUGACGGACUGUAUCACAGAAUACAUCAAGUUCUGUGAACGCACCACCAUCCCAUCACGAACUGUGCGCUGCUUCCCCAACAACAAGCCCGGGAUCACCAAGGACCUGAAGGCUCUUCUUUACAAGAAGAAAGCUGCCUUCAGGUCUGGGGACAGGGAUGAGCUAAGGAGAGUCCAGCGCAACCUGAAGGUGAAGCUCAGGGAGGGCAAGGACUCCUACAGGAGGAAGCUGGAGGCCAAACUCCAGAAGGACAAUACGAGGGAGGUGUGGACCGGGAUGAAGCAAAUCACUGGCUUCAAGGUUGGAGGGAGACAGCCAGGGGGCUUCCUGGAGAGGGCCAACGAGCUAAACUGUUUCUUCAAUAGGUUUAGUUCACAGCCCCCAUCCGUCUCCUCCACACGACACACCUCCCUCUCUGUCCCCCCUGCAUGUUGUCUCGUGCCACACAGAGGAUACAUAAAAAACGGCGAAAAAAGACCUAAAAACCAAACGACAAAGAGGCUACCCAUACCAAAGCUGGAGGAUACUGUCAGGAGGUAUUUAGCUGCCCAGAGGCCUCUGUUGAACGAUGACCAGUUCAGAAGAACAGAGCGAAUUGCACACGAUUUCCAGAGCGGUGUAGGGAAACAGCUGCAAGAGGAACUGGUGGCUCAGGACAAAAACAAGACCCACACGAGCUACAUCUCAGAACCAUAUUUGUACUGGUAUCUUUCUUUUCGAGACUCUAUGAUGCUCACCAACCCAUAUGUGGUCUUCAACCCUGACCCGAAGACAGAGUACAAUGACCAGCUUGUGCGGGCGACCAAUAUUGUGUGUUCAGCGGUGCGCUUCAUGAAAACACUGCGAGCCGGCUUACAGGAGUCAGGGGUUUGCCACCUCAACCCGACAAAGAGUGAGACGGACGGCUUCAAAAGGGUGUUCCGCUGGGCCCCGUCUUUCAGGUCUCGCCCCAUUGACUUGUCCCCGUUCUUUCGCCUCUUCAACUCCACUCGGAUCCCCAAGAGGAGGGUCGAUGAGCUCUUCACGGACGAUAAAGCGCGACAUCUCCUCGUGAUGAGGAAAGGCAACAUGUAUGUGUUUGACAGUUUAGACGGUGACGGGAAUUUGGUGACACCUGCAGAGAUCCAGUCCCACUUGAGGUACAUUUUGUCAGACCCGACGCCAGCAGCCCCCUUUCCUCUCGGGGUCCUGACCAGUGAGAACAGGGACGUGUGGGCCGGACUGAGGGACAAGCUAAUGGCAGCUGGAAACACAGAGGACUUGCAGAUUGUUGACAGCGCCCUUUUCUGUCUCAGUCUGGACGACGAAGGCAUGAGGGACCGAUUCCACCUCUCCGAUAACAUGAUCCACGGCGACGGAUGCAACCGGUGGUUUGACAAGUCCUUAACUUUCAUCCUGACCAAAGACGGACAGGCAGCUCUCAGUUUCGACCACUCCUGGGGAGAUGGCUUAGCUCUGCAAGUCUUUCAGAAUGAGAUCUUUGAAGAAACAACGGAGCGGCCGCUGGUACACCCGGGCUCCGCUGCUGCUGCCGCGGUGGAUUCAGCCUCUGCUGUGCGCAGACUGCAGUUCAACCUGGACAGCGAGCUGGAGAACGGCAUCAAAAAAGCCCAGGAGAACUUUGACUCACUCAUGUCGACACUCACCAUCGAUGCCAUGGAGUUCAAGAAAGGUGGCAAGGCACUGUUAAAGAAAAGCAAGUUGAGUCCAGAUGCUGUAGCCCAGCUGGCUCUACAAAUGGGUUUCCUGAGGCAGUAUGGACAGACAGCAGGCGCAUGCGAGACCUGCAGCACUGCAGCGUUCAGGGACGGCCGCACUGACUCCAUCCGCCCAGUCACCCUGCAGACGCAACGAUGUUCACACGCCUUUGUUUUCCAGCCAGGACGACACAGUGUGGAGCAACUGCAGGCCAUGCUGAGUGAAUGCUCGGCAUAUCAUCGGCAGCUCAUCGAAGAAGGAAUUAUGGGACAAGGUUUCGACAGUCACCUGUUUGCCCUGCAUUACCUGGCCGAUUCAAAGGCUGAGGCUCUGCACGGCCUGUUCACAGACCCGGCGUACGCUGCCAUCGACCUCAGCAUCCUCGAGUCCAGCACCCUCACCAGUCCAGCUAUGGACUAUGCUGUGAUUUUCCUGUACGCGCCCGAUGGGUUUGGUGUUACCUACAGUGUCUUAGACGACCGGAUCGGCUGCACUGCGUCCAGCUACCCGACUCGAAACGGCCGUGAGUUCCUGCAGUGUGUCCACAAGUCCUUGGAGGACAUUUUCACUGUCCUGGAAGGAAAGACACUCGGCUAAGAAACACGUGUUUGGUUUUAUGAAACAGCGACAUGUGAUUACCUUCUCUGGGCAACUAUGCAGAAAGUGAGAUAAAUAUGAAUAUUUAAUGCUCCACAAAAUAAACACAUGGCUCACAGAC